AUGGCAGGCCUUCAGGUCCUCUCCGGCGGCGCACCCUUCUUCCACUGCCCAAAAGGCCCUAUGAUCCUCGGCGAAGCUCCAAUCUACCGCGCCUCCGACUCUACCUUGCACUGGGUCGACUGUCUCGCCGACCCAUGCGAAUUGUACAUCCUGCGCGUCGACCCAGACACCGGCGACGCAAUCCCUUCCUCCUUACGCAUUUUGGAGUUAGAAGACAGCGUCACAGUUCAAUUCUUCCGCAAGAACGUGCCUGGCAGCUAUAUCGCCGCUUACUACCAGGGCGUCUGCUUCCUCGAUGAAGAAACCGGAAAGAUGGAGAUCGUAAAAGAGAUUAUACCGACAAGUAAAAGAGACGAACUGAGAUUUAACGAUGGCGGGAUUGAUGCAAAGGGGAGAUUCUGGUUGGCAGAGAUUGAUAAGGUUGCUAUGGCUUAUGGACCGAAUCAGUUACCGGUCAGUUAUGGGAGGCCGAAGGGGAAGUUGUGGAGGUAUGAUCCUGAUGGAAGUUUGCAUGAAAUGUUGGACGGGGGUGUGGUUUGUGGGAAUGGGUUGGGGUGGAGUCCGGAUAAUAAGACUUUCUAUUUCCACGACUCGGUCGCCAUGGUCGUGUACGCAUUCGACUUUGAUCUUGAGAGUGGUAACAUCUCGAAUAAGCGGCUGCUGAUCGACAGGCGCGACUCGUUCGGUGAACCUGAUGGCAUGGUCGUCGAUACCGAAGGAAACCUCUGGAUAGCAAUGUUCGACUCCAACCGCGUCAUGGUCUUCUCGCCACAAGGCGUACACCUAAAAGACAUCACAUUCACAGCCCGUAACCCAGCAUGCACAACCUGGGGUGGGAAAAAUUGGGAUAUCAUAUUUUUGGCGAGCGGGAAAUGGAGAGGUAAAAGAGAAAUUGUUGGGGAUGAGGGCGGGCAUAUGUUCAAAUUUAAGCCGGGGGAUGCGAGAGGGCAGGCUAAAUAUGAGUUUGCUGGCUAA